AUGUCCACAAAAGCUUUGGCAGUCAUGAAAGCGCGAGUUUCACCAUUGCGACAUCAUGUCCAGCUUGGAAUGCGUCUUGCGAGUACAAAAGUGAUGGAAGCCGAUAGGCCUUCCAAUACGAACAGCACGGCGCUAGCUAAGCUACCAACAAUAACACUUUUGCGAUCACUGAUUUUGACUUCGCUUAUGUCCCGCGACUGGAUCCUUCGCCCCUCUCUUGCUAUCAUCGAGCGGAUUGUUAAAUCGAAAUCUAUAUUGCUGUCCGCUGAUCGCAACCCCUUGCUGAACAAACUUCUGAGGUGGACUAUCUACAAUCACUUCUGUGCGGGAUCUAACGCCGAACAAGUUGCACGUUCCACUGCUUUGGUAAAAGGAAUGGGAUAUCAAGGAAUAAUUCUGGGAUAUGCCAAGGAAUUCGUUCUUGAUCCUGCAGAGGGUGAAGUUUAUACAGAUACUUCCAGAUAUAGUUCUGGCUGUUACAAAAUGAUUGAAGAAUGGAAAAAUGGGACUCUACAGACGCUUGAAAACCUCCAGGCGGGAGAUUUCCUCGCUGUCAAGCUCACCGGUGCUGGUCCAAUUUGCUUGGACGCGCUACAAGCACACCAGCCUAUGCCCGAUCAUAUUGCCAAGGCUCUUGAAGAAAUUUGCCUUGCUACCGAAAGUCGAGGCUGCCGUCUCUGGAUUGAUGCAGAGCAGCAGAUUCUUCAGGUUUGUCUAGACGAGUGGACAAUCGAGCUUAUGCGGAAGUACAACCGCAACAAGGUUUUGGUAUACAAUACCAUCCAGGGUUAUCUAAAAGGUGCUCGGCAGAAUGCAGAGCGACAUAUCACACUUGCCGCUCGAGAAGGUUGGUGCCUUGGACUAAAGCUAGUUCGUGGUGCGUAUAUUGAGCACGAAGUUCGCUCAUUAAUUCAUAACACCAAGGAAGAUACCGACCGCUCGUACGAUGAUAUUGCAGAUAUGCUUAUAUCUCAGAAAGUUCCCAAUGAGGCUAUUGGCCUAAAGUUCCCUUAUUCUUCCCUAUUCAUUGCCAGUCAUAAUGCAGCUAGUGUCUGGAAAGCCAUUGCUUUACAUAACAGAAGAUUGGAAAGCGGUCUACCAACGACGGUUCUAGAGUGCGGUCAGAUUUGGGGCAUGGCAGACGAGCUUAGCUGCGAGCUCAUCGACAACUUCCAACAAUGUGCCACAACCAAAGGAUUGACAACGGCUACAGCGCCGGGAGUCUACAAAUUCUUAGCCUGGGGAUCAGUUUCAGAGUGUAUGGGUUACCUUCAUCGUCGUGCGAUUGAGAAUCGAGGGGCGGUAGAGCGGACUAGUCAUAUGAUUCUUGCGCUAAAGAAGGAGUUCUACCGGCGGGUCUUUGGAUAA